AUGUUCAAGUUGUAUACAACACAAGAGCGUGUUUUAUGGCAGCGUGUGACAGCAGCGUCAUUCCUUUAUAUGCUAUCUCUGCUAUUUCUUAAGACAUACGAAUUGCGAUUUCCGAUUUGGACACCAUUUGAUUGGAAACAUCCUUCAAAGUAUUGGUAUGCUUACAUUUAUGAAUUGUGUGCUACGCCGUUGUCAUGUCUAUCUAAUGUUACAUCGGACAUGCUUCACUGUUAUAGAAUGCAACAUUUGGCUUUGUACUUUAAGUUUAUAGCAAUGCGUUUGGAGAAUUUGGGCACUGAUAAGGAUCAAACAGAUGCUGCUAUCACCAAAAAAUUGUUGGCAAUAAUUGAAUUACAUCUCAAGUUGCUAAGAAAAACAUGGUUUAAAUUAAAUUAUAUUUACAGCAUGUCCAGAACAUGUGAACGGAUUGUAUCCUAUCCAUUUCUGACUCAAAUUUUAUUAAGCGGUUUUAUAUUUUUGCCCUACUAUUAUGCCGAUAAAUUGACCACAGAAUUCUCUCAUCUUACAAACAGUACUUACAAUUGCAAUUGGCCAGAGAUGUCACCAUUUAAUCGUAAAUUAAUUUUAAUAUACAUGCAAUAUUUGCAGCAGCCUGUAAUCAUAAAAGCUGGUAUCUUUUUCGAAGUCGGCUUACCAGUCUAUGCAAAGACCAUGAACAAUGCUUAUAGUUUUUUUGCUUUAUUACUCAAUACGGGUGAUGAGUAA